AUGAAAGAGACGAGCGGCGGACAACAGCCCGGCGAGACGAUUGCCAUUUUCAUUCCGGUCCCUAGUCCAAAUCUUCCAAUCCUGUAUUCCUCUUCUGUGGCCUUUCCUAGUUUUGCGUUGAAGUCUCCGACAACGAAUUUCGCAGAGGGCGGAGGCGAAGAAUGGCCAGACGAGGUGAUAGGAUCUCGUGAGAAUCGACGAAAUGGACGACAGAUGGAUCGUCGCCCAUCCUAUAUGGAUCAGGGAACCACCUUGCGACAUUUUGCCAAGACGGUGGUGAAUCUUAGCAGUGGUUUACUCUUAGCUAGGCUUCCGAUUCCGAGAAGUCGGAAUGUCGAAUGUGUCGAACUCCUUCUCAGCUUGGGGACCGUGCCGGAGGACGAACCUCCGCUGUGCAUCGCAGUUCCACGCCCAGUGUCACCUCCACGCCACUAUGAAGGUAUGAUAAAUUCUGGAGGAUUAAGUAAUCAGUAUACAGACAACCUGUACUCUUACGCUCCUCAGUCGACAUGUUCGUCUUCAAAUCCAAAUGGCUGCAAUUCAGCAUAUCUGUUUUGCAACACUCAGGUGAAUGCGUGUGUUGGCCGUAUUAAGCCGGGAUCGUCGUGCUCUCUUGUCAACGGCGUUGAUCCUUGCUACGGAGUUUGUCAAGGAGGAAUGUGCGUUGCUCCAAGUGCUGAUGCUCCUCGACGAAUUCUUCUGCCAACAUUACCACCGAGUGCUUCUGUGGUGCCUGUGCCUGAUGAAUUGUGCUUCAACAUGAAUCAAUGCUGUGGUCCAUGGAGCGCCCGCGGUGAGUGCUAUAGAAAUCCAGGGGUAAUGCGUGUCGUAUGCCCUGCAUCAUGUGGAUGGUGUACUCCCCGUUACAAUCUUGGUGAUAAUUGCGUGAACCGAGCUAGCACAUGUCAAAGGUUCAAGCUGACCGGCGAAUGUACCCAAAACUACCAGUGGAUGGCAGAGAACUGCCGCAAAGAGUGUGCCUAUUGCCAGAAAACAAGAGAACAGAUGUGUCCAGAGUUAGGACCGGGUGUAGCCAGCGACUCGCCGAGAACUCCAACCAUCGUCCAACAAUGCACUGAUAGCAGACCAUGCUGCAUAGAUAAGUUGCAAAGAACCUGCUCUACGCUCCCUUCGCUGAUUAAGGAAUGCGGCAGUGCUCACUUACAAUCACCACAGACACCACCUUCUGCACCAGUGCAGUCCGAUGCACAAGCGUACUCACCGUAUUCUUCAAAAUAA